AUGAUUAUUUUGCUUGCACUGCUGGUGGGAUUCGCCAUGGGACAAUCUCCGGCACCGUCGCCCAGCCAAUCUCCGGCGACUCCACCACCAGCUGCCUCUCCUACUCCUGUUCCUCCUGUUGAACCACCUGCAGCUGCACCUUCUUCUCCUCCUAAUCCUUCUUCUCCUCCUCCAUCGUCAUCUUCCCCAGCUCCGUCUGGCCCUCCUUCAGCGCCCAGUCCACCAGCUGAAGUUCCUGGUCCGGCAGCGACAGGCGCCGUUUCUAGCAGAUUAUCGAUGGUUGGAUUGAUAAGCGUUGGGUUAUUGGGUGCCGCUUUUGUUAUUUAG